UGGAUGCACUUAAAAGAUAUCUUCCAGCAAUUAUCUGCAUGGUAGAAACUCAUCUUACUAGAGAAACCGUGUCCCGCUUGACAACGGGAUGGUACUCUCAAUCUUAUCACUCUACCUUUAGCAGCUCUUCUAGGGGCGUCUCAGUUCUGAUUCAUAAUUCUGUGGACUUUACCCUUAUAGAAUCCUAUAUAGAUGACCAGGGAAGAUUUAUCUUUUUGCAUGGUAAGCUGCAUGGCUAUAGUUAUAUCCUUGCUUUCUUUUAUAUACCUCCGCCUUUUUCAAUGUAUCCACUGAUCCAGCUAACACUUUUUUUUGAAGGGAGAUCAGAAUGCCGGCUAGUUCUGAUGGGGGACUUCAAUGCAGUAAUGGACCCCAAUAAAGAUAGAUUUACAUCAGAUGCAGAACGGGGGAGGAGCUUAUGUACUUCCCCGCUGCCACAAUUCUGCCUGGAGGUUGGACUGGUGGAUAUAUGGGAACAUCUUGGCGGAGUUGUCAUGGCAACAGCACCUCAAUUAAUGAACACAACACUAUCUCCGGUAAAUACGACAGCAAAGUCACAGGAACAGAUUCUUUAUCAGAGUGCUGGUGCAAUAGUUGCUGCUAUUGUGGUUGGUGUAAUUAUAAUAUUUUCACUGGUACUGGUCACCCUCAAGAUGUAUAACAGGCGUACACGAACAGAGAGAGAGCUGGCAAUGAAAAGCACCAAAACCACAAACACACCAAGCACAAGAGCCCACAACAGUUCCAUCAGCCAGCCAACAUCUUUAACAUCUGUUCCACCUGACAUCCACCUUGAAAACCGAUGACUGGAGAGAAUGUGUGCUGCGGGAAAAUGAAGCCGAGUUUGAUUUACAGUUAAAAUGAGUUUAGGACAUUGCAUUUAGAUCCCCAGAUCUUAACCGAAACACUGAGAUUGAGAAUGUGAUAAAAGGUCUUUGCUUCCGAGACCAGCGGUCCCUACAUUCACAAGCCUAUCCUAAAAGCAGUAAACUCCUAUCCACCAUAUGAGCUAAGAAAUAAGCUAUUGUAUAAGGACUGAAAAUAGGAUAUUUGUCCACACUAGGGCGAAGGAAAGCUCAACCAUCACAACGUCUCUUUCAUCUGAAGUCUAUAGUAAUUCUAACCCAAUGAAUGUAUACAGUGGGCCUCAAUGGAAAGAAUGACUAGGGUACAUUUUUCGAAGCAUGACUGACCUUCUGAAGGCUUAUAUAUUCAUAUUUAUAUUUAUAUAUGAAUGAAUGUUGUAUGUAGAUUGUUGGACUUUCUCUAUGUUUUCAUAUGUGUCACAGAACAUUGUUUCGCUAUUGUAUAUACAUUAAAAUCACUGUGCUGAGCAGUGACCAAGUCCUAUUCUGCAGUGAAUGUCUAGUAAAGAGGUAAAACUGACCACACUCAACAAGGUUUUUGGACACAUUGGGAUAUGUUUCUUGCAUAUGCAAUCCAGUACUGGAUUUAAAAUCAAGAUGGUAGUAAAACAUUGUGAUAAUUUAUAGAAAAAUGUCAGAGUUUAUUUGAAUAAUCUGUAUGUUUAUGUCCAUCUUAGUAUAAUCCUAGACGAGUACUAAAGGGAUUUUUAUACGGGAGUCAAAGGGUCAGCAUGAAAGGAAGCCAAAAAGUAUAGCAACCAACUGUACUUGAUGGAGGAAGUUGAGACCAGUCAGAUAUCAUGUAUAGUGGUGACCUCACACGUCCGUGGUGUGUUGCGGACCCACAAAUUGCGGAUCCGCAACACACCCGGCCGGCACCCGCUAUAG